UGCACUUGGCGCGAUUUGAGACAUGACCCGGUCGUGUUCUGCGCGCACGCUGCGCAUCGUUGACGCGCCCGAGUACAUUGUUGCUGUUUCCGGGGAAGCGGCGCCUUGUGACGUCACUAAUUCCAUGGCUCUGUGUGUAAAGGCGAUGAAUUGAGUUGUGUUCAGGAUUACAGGAGGAUCUGUUACUCUGUCAGAGCUCCUUUUCUCCUCCAUGUACGUGAGGUUUCUCUCCAAAGUGUUCUCAGGGAUGGCAGGACCGAGGCCAGUGGUUUUUAGCGGUCCCUCAGGUGCUGGGAAAAGCACACUACUCAAAAUGUUGAUCAGAGAGUUUGACGGUGUCUUCGGCUUCAGCGUCUCCCAUACGACACGGAAACCUCGUCCAGGGGAGGAGAAUGGAAAAGAUUAUCAUUACGUCAGCAGAGAGGACAUGCAGACAGGAAUCACUAAGGGAGAUUUUAUUGAGAGUGCAGAAUUCUCAGGGAACAUGUAUGGAACAAGUAAAGCUGCAGUCCAGGCUGUUCAGGCCCAAAAUCUGAUUUGCAUUUUGGACAUUGACAUGCAAGGUGUGAAGAGCAUUAAGAGAACCAGUUUAAACCCCAUCUAUAUCUCCAUCCAACCUCCAUCCAUGGAUGUGCUGGAGAAGAGGUUAAGGGCAAGAAAGACCGAGUCUGAGGAGAGUUUACAAAAGCGACUCCAGGCUGCGCUGGUCGAAGUGGAGUUCAGUAGAGAGCCGAAUCAGUUUGACGUGAUCAUCAUUAACGAUAAUCUGGAUGAAGCCUAUGAGAAAUUAAAAGCAGCUCUUCUCCAGGAAAUACAAAAAGUCAAAAACACCACCAAAGCCUGAAGGUCCAGUGUAUGGCUACUGGAGACCAGCACUGGAGACCAGCACAUUCCAUACACACACACAUGGACACACUCACACACACUCUGCUUACACACUCCUCUCCCUCACACAAAGCUGAAAUGUUCCAAUGGCUUCUGAAGGGAAAAUGUUAUUUAAAUAAAUGUUCUUUUUUUAUCUUUCUUUUUUCUUUCUGGUAAAGGGGGAGAAUUCCACCAACCUUCAGUAUGUAACUUGAGCAUUAUGGGUAAUACACACAGAAGGAUAAGGUACUGAACUCUACACCUGUCCCAGGUGUGGGCGGAGUUACAGUUCAGUGGAUGUUAUUACAGGUUUAGACAUUUUUUAAACUGACAAUCUGAACAAAUAUCGUAGUUGACAUUCUAUCAAGUCUUAUCAAAAAUGUUUGUUUUAUCAUUUCUUUUUUCAUGAGAUUUUACCAGAGGAACUUGGUGCUUUUAAUAGGUUUGUAGUUUAAACAUCUCUAACUGAUGAUGUCACAGUCUGGGUUACAGCAGCUGACCAAUCAGCUCGCACUCAGCAGAUGUGCACGUGGAUUAAAUCCUAACACACACUCGCUGUAAUCACACACUGUCUGUUCUUUCUGCUUUAGUUUUAAACUGCUUCUUAAACUGUUUACUGUACAAAACAGUCAACACUGUGUGUGUGUGUGUGUGUGUAGUGUCUCUGUGUGUGUGUAUAGUGUCUGUGUGUGUGUGUGUGUAGUGUCUCUGUGCUCAACCUUUAUACCUGAGUUUAUUAAUGUCUUCAUUCAUUCCACACACACACGUAUACACAUGCACACAUACCCAUGAACACACACACAAACCCAUAAACACAUACACAAACACCCAUAAACAAACACACACAAAACCCAUGUACACCCAUAAACGCACACACAUACCCAUAAACACACAAACACACACAAAAACACACACACCCAUAAACACACACAAACCCAUACACACACACACAUAUACCCAUAAACACACACAAACCCAUACACACGCACAUAUACCCAUAAACACACACACACACCCAUAAACACACACACACACCCAUAAACACACACACACACACUUACCUGUUAUACACCAUUCUGUACAUUUGUGUUGUUUAAUUUUUACUGACUUUUUAAAUGAACCUUCAGGUCUAAUAAAUAUUAAAGCAGUGUGAGAAUCACA